UCGAAGAAUCAACUCUCAAUCAACUCUUGGACAGAAGACCGCAGAUCACAGAUCUUUGGUACCAUCUUGGAAGCGGGCAAAAUGGCCAAGAAACACCUUCCAACAUGUUUAAUUUUUCUAGUUUUUCUAGGCUUUUUCUCCUCAAGCCACGUUAAUGCUGCUGCCAUUAAGCAAGAAAUCCCAGCCAACGCAGAAUUUUUCAACACCAAAACCCGCUACCAAGAUGCCGACCCGUUUUUGCGGGAGAACAUCCUCGCCAUAAACGUGUCUGCGGUGAAGCCUCCUGCUCCAGCCUGCAUCCCCAUCCAUCUCACGGCCAUCAUCAGGCACGGCACCAGAUUCCCCACUGCUGGAAACGUCGAAAAGAUCGCCAUCUUGGACAAACUCGUCAAGUCUGAGGCCAAAGGCGACCUGAGUUACCUGCCAGAGCUCAAAGCCUGGAAGAACUGGUACACGCAGGAGACGGCCGGGCACCUUACGGCCGCGGGAAGAGGCGACCAAAUUCAUCUGGCCAAAAGACUGGUCAAGACAUUCCCCACCCUCCUGACCAAGAGCAACCUUCUGAACAAACGGGUCAAGUUCAUCACAAGCUCCGUAUCCAGAUGUAUAAACAGCACCCUCGCUUUCCAACAAGGCCUGAAAGAAUCCCUCAGUAUUCCAGAUAAUGAAGAAUUCAAAUACACAGUGAACGACACGCUGAUGCGCUUCUUUGCGUCAUGUGAACGCCUGCUGGUGACAGUGCUUAACAACAAAGAGGCCGUGGUGCAGGUCACCCUCUUUGAAGAAGGCCCAGAGAUGAGCAAGGUUCAUCAGAGGCUGUCCGACCAACUGCAGAUCCCCUACGCCAACAUUACUCUGGGCUCAGUGGAGGCAGCGUACUACCUGUGUGCAUAUGAAUUCUCCAUCCUUGGACUGGUCACUCCCUGGUGCAAGCUAUUUGAUCGAGCAGAAGCACAGGUGAUGGACUACGCUGGUGACCUGGGUCUGUACUGGAAGAGGGGUUACGGCCACGAAGUCAACUACAUGUCCAGCUGCGUCCUAUUCCACAACCUGUUCAACCGCCUUGAGACUUCAAUCAACCAAUUCAAGUCUGGUCAGCCCGUGUCGGAGGUGGUUAAUGUGCAGGUUGGCCACGCUGAGACGCUGAUACCUUUAAUGACCCUCCUGGGCCUCUUCAAGGGCAAAAUCAGUCUUGAUGCCAACAACUUCGCCGAAAACCUUCACCGCCCUUUUAACUGCAGCAAGAAUGUGCCCUUCGCUGCUAACCUGAUGGCGGCGCUGUGGAGCUGCCCCGAUGGCUUUAGGCUGCAGUUCCGGGUGAAUGAGAAUCCAGUGGCUCUGCCAGGCCUCAGCUAUUCACCUCUGUAUGAGGAGGUCAAGAAACUAUAUGCUGACCUUCUGCAGGGAUGUAAUGAAGAAGAAGUCUGUCGAAUGAGCAACUAAAAAAAAUCAACAGGGAACACACUGAUUUUAGUAAAUUUAUAUGUAGGGCCAUUUCCAUCACUUCAAAAAAACAAGGGUUUUCUAGUAAUUAAUAAUAAUAAUAAUACUUACUAUCUCAUAAUUAUGACUUAGUAUCAUUCACUCAUUAAUGACUUUCUGAUUAAUAUGACUCACCAUCUCUUAAUU